AUGGCGAAGGAGCAGCCAGAGAGGGAGGGGAUGUUCCACCGUGGCUCAGGCCUGAACCUGACCAGCGGGCAGUACACAGCCCCCACCACGGGGUAUUACAUCUUCACCGCCACGCUACACAUCGCAGCGGCGGAAGCCCCAGUGCGCAGACAGCGGCGGGGAAAGGGGCAGCCAUGCAGGGGGAAUCGUCUGCGGGUGCUGAUUUGCGUGCAGUCCCGCUGCCAGCACAACAGCAGUUUGGAGACCAUGUCCCAGCUGGAGAGCGGUGGUGACCUUUUCACCAUCUCUGUCACCGGCGUCCUUUACCUGCAGGCUGGGCAGUAUGCCUCUGUUUUCGUGGACAACGCUGCAGGCUCUCCACUCACCGUUCAAAGUGGCUCUGAUUUCAGCGCCAUUCUGCUGGGGGUGUGA